AUGAAAGAAGAUGAAAAUAAAGAUAAGUUUUUCAUUCAAGAAUAUGAAUGUGGAGAAAAAACGAAUUUAUAUCGAAUAGAAAACCAACGAAAAUGUGUAAAUGUAUCAACAAUAAAUAAAAAAUCGAAUCUUUCUUUUUUAUCUCUUUUUCGAGCGUUUUUCUAUCCAGAUAAUUAUCCAUUAAGUGUUAGUUCUGAUUAUGGUAUUUAUCAAUUUUAUAAUAUAUUUCAAACUGGAUGUAUUGCAAUAUCCGGUGCAUUAGCAUUUAGUGCACUUUUUCGUGGAAUGGGUGUUGGAGAAAAUACAUCGAAAUAUUUAUCUGCUGCAAUUGUUUGGUUACUUAAAGAUGGUGCAGGAAUGAUCGGUCGAAUUAUAUUUGCCUGGGGUUUUGCAUCAUCAUUAGAUGCUGAUUGUAAACGAUGGCAUUUUUUCGGUGAUAUACUCAAUGAUGUUGCAUGUAUAUUGGAUUUAAUAACACCUUAUUUUCAACCGGCACUAUUAUUUAUUUCGAGUAUUUCGAAUAUAUGUCGAGCAGUAACAGGAGUUAUUCACGGUUCAACAAGAACAGUCAUAUUUCAACAUCAAGCACGUCAUAAUAAUGUUGCUGAUAUAACAGCAAAAUGUUCCAGUUUAGAAACAAUGGUUAGUCUAGUCGCUCUAUUUGUUAAUGUUGCUCUUCUUUCAAUUCUUCCAAUAAGUUUUAUAUGGCCAAUAUUUAUUAUUUUAACUUGUGGACAUCUUUGGGGAAAUUAUAAAGCAAAACGAUGCAUUUUAUUUAAUGUAUUUAAUCAUCAACGUUUUCAUUUAGUUUGUUUAGAAUAUUUUCAAACAAAUGGUAAACAAAUACUUUCUAUUGAACAAGUUAAUAAUCAAGAACCAAUAUUAUUUAAAACAUCAAUACCAUAUUAUUCCCAUAUAGGUAUAUCACUAAAUUCUAUACCUGAAAGAAUUUUUCCAACACAAGAACAAUUAGAAAAAUUUCAUACGAAUGAAUAUGAACGUUUUUUAAUAUUAUAUGAUAAACAAACUAAUACAUUUUAUGUUCUUCUUAAACCACAUUCUGAUACAGAUGAUUUAAUUCGAAUAAAUUUUUUUAUUGAAAUACUUUCCUGCGCAAUGAAUACAACAAGAGAAUAUUCAAAUGAAGGAUUUCAUCUAUUAAUUAAUCGUAUACAAAAACAAUUACCCAACUUAAAUACAUGUUUAGAUAUAUUACAUGAAGAUAAUAAUAAAUGUUAUGAACAAUUCAAACAAAUCUGUUUACAAAAUGGUUAUAAUUUUCAUCGAUGUCUAUUUAAUAUCGAUGUUUAUCGAAUUCAGUAA